UCAAAUUAUUUUUACAAGGUACUGAUCGUUCUUCGUCUCUACCAUCUGGUGAAUCCUGCAAGAAAGGACAUUUCGAAUGCAUGCCUGAGGAAUGUAUACCAUCACACUGGGUAUGCGAUGGUGAGGAGGAUUGCACAAAUGGUCGAGAUGAAAAUUUUUGUUCUCAACACUUGGAGUUCUUCAAAAGAACAUCCGGACACCGACUUAACGGCUAUGACGUGGAAAAGUGGCUCAAUACACCUCCAAAGACGUGCGCUCUCAGAUGCAAAGAAGCUGAGUUCACUUGUCGCUCCUUUUCUCAUAAAGCAAAAAAAAAUCUGUGCCUUUUAAGUAACAAUAACGUUGGAACUUCUGGAGCUUUGGAACCUGCGGUUGAUUUUGAUUAUUAUGAAUUGAUUGAUUUGAGCAUGAAUUGUGAUGGAAUGUUUGUUUGUGGAAAUAACAAAUGUAUCAAUCAAUCUCAAGUUUGUGAUGGGAAAAACGACUGUGGAGAUCGAUCAGAUGAAGAUAUUUGUAAUCCUGAGAAACUUAAUUAUGCUAUUCGAUUGAGCGGCUCUGAAAAUGAUUUUGAAGGAAGAGUAGAAGUCAAAAUCUUAGGACAAUGGGGACAAGUGUGUGAUGAUGGCUUUGGAAUGAAUGAUGCUACUGUAAUCUGUAAAGAGCUUGGAUUUAAUUUCGGGGCUUUAGCAGUACGGCCAGGGGGAUAUUUUGGCAAUUUAGAGCCACCAACACGUUUCAUGGUUGAUCAAUUAAAGUGCCGAGGGAAUGAAACUUCUCUAAGGGAGUGUGAUUUCGAUGGAUGGGGUGUUCACGAUUGUUCUCCAGAAGAAGCAGUUGGAGUAGUCUGUAAAACGGCAGUUAACACGUGUCCAGAAGGUCAAUGGAAGUGUGAUAAUAGUCCAUUCUGUAUAUCUACACCGUUUAUUUGUGAUCAAGUUCCAGAUUGUCCAGAUGGAUCAGAUGAAAGUCCCGAACAUUGCGACGCACCUUUUGAAAUAAGAUUGGCAAAUGGAAGUCGUCCUUCUGAAGGUCGAGUAGAGAUACGACAUCAUGGAGUUUGGGGUACAAUUUGCGAUGAUGAUUUUACAAAAGAAACUGCUAAAGUGAUUUGUAGGUCGUUGGGAUAUGGAGGAAAUGCUGUACCAAAAAAAAAUAGUUUCUUUGGACCUGGACAAGGACCAAUAUGGCUUGAUGAAGUUUCUUGUGAUGGAAAUGAAACUCAAAUCUAUCGAUGUGAACACCACCCUUGGGGUGAAAGUAAUUGCAACCACGAAGAAGAUGCUGGAGUAAUAUGCCAAGAAGUUCCUGUAAAUAUUGACGAGGAUAAUGUUAACUACGUCGAGCCAGAAAUUAAUAUUGAUGAUAUUCUUCCGGCAGAAUGUGGUAGACGUGCUGAAUAUUUUAACAAUCGAGACGAUAUAUUUGAAAAAGUUAUCAGUGGUUCAAUAGCUCCUAAAGGUUCAUACCCUUGGCAGGCAAGUAUUAGAGUUCGCGGUCAUAAUAGAUCAAAUCACUGGUGUGGUGCAGUCGUUAUCUCUCCUCUGCACGUUUUAACAGCGGCCCAUUGCCUUGAAGGUUACAAUAAGGGUACUUAUUUCGUCCGUGCCGGAGAUUAUAAUACUGAAAUACCAGAAGAUACUGAAGUUAAUGUGAACAUUGAAGAUUAUUACAUUCAUGAGGAAUUUCGUAAGGGUCAUCGUAUGAACAAUGACAUUGCUUUGGUUUUAUUAAAAGGUCGAGGUAUUCCACUUAAUGAGCACAUCGUACCAAUUUGCUUACCUCCAACGAAUGUCGAAUAUCCCGCUGGGUUAAACUGUACAAUCAGUGGAUUUGGAAGCAUUGAAACUGGAUCAUUGACUCACUCUCGAGAUUUACGUUUUGGUUGGAUUCCAUUAAUUGAUCAGUCUAUUUGUCGAGCGGAGUAUGUUUACGGUGAAGGAGCUAUAAGCAAUGGAAUGAUUUGCGCUGGAUAUUUAGAUGAGGGUAUUGAUGCUUGUGAUGGUGAUUCUGGCGGACCGUUGGCAUGUAAACACGACGGUGUGUUCACUCUUUAUGGUAUUACCAGCUGGGGUCAACACUGUGGUGCAGCCAACAAGCCGGGAGUUUACGUGCGUAUUUCCCAUUACCGAGAUUGGAUCGAUAAAAAAAUACGAGAAUCUCUAUCUGGAAGAUAGUUUUUUAAGUGAAAUUCGUUCUGCAGGCAGAUUAUUAUAUAGCAUUAUUACUGAUGCAAGUAAUAUAAAAAAUUAUUUUAAUAACAAAAUGAAAUUCUCAUACUCCAUGA